AUGAAUUUUGUUCAUGUAUCUGGUACAAUUGGUUUAACAAGUCUUUGGAUUUCACUUUCAUCUUUUUUUUUAUCAUUGACACUUUAUAUAAUAUCAUUCUUUUUACCCAAUUGGAUUGUUUAUACAUCAGUUCCAAUUAAAAUUGGUUUAUGGCAGUUAUGUGAUACGGAAAUCCUUAAUUAUGAUCGUUGCGCUGAUUGGAAUGCUAGAACGUAUCCAACUAAUAUAACUAAUGUAGAAUUCUUUGGUCCACCCGAUUUUAUUCGAAUAAGUCAAUCAUUAGAAAUAGUAGCUUUUGUUUUCUAUGUUAUUGCUGCUGCAUUACUUCUUACUGGUUUAACUCAAAGAUCGAUGGGCUUGUUAUUUUUUGGUUCUUCAAUUUCAAUGUUUAUUACAGUUGUAUUUACAUCAUCAACAAUUGGUUUAUUUGCUGUUCAAGGAAAAUCUUCACAUAUCGGUUAUUUAUCAUCUGCAUGGUGGAUUGCUCUUGUUGCUUUAUGUAUUUCAUUAAUAACUGCAAUAUCAUUAUUUAUUUUAUCAUUUUAUAUUCAACCAUUAAAUAUUAACAACACAAAUGAUAAAAAUACAACACAUGAGAAAAUGUUUUACUCUUUACCACCGUAUUCAAGUGAUGUCUAUUUAACACAACAAUAG